CUGCAACCGCAGUAUAUUUGAAGUAUAUAGAAAGUAUACUUUUACUGACUUUCUAGGCUAUUGAGUCAUUGUUCAGGAUAUUUGAACACCAUACGCGUGACCGACCAUGCAGCGCUGGGUGUAACUGAGGCCAGGCGGCCAUCUGUGAGGCCCUAGCUAGAGAUGGAAAUUGAGGUGGACAUCCAGGAGGAGGACAUGGAGGGCUCGUGUACCCUGCUGUCGUGGCUGGCCUCCUGUGUGAUGGUGUUUGGAGGGGCCCUGCCCUACGUGCCUCAGUACCAGGAGAUCCAGAGGAGCAGCAACACUGAGGGAUUCUCCACCCGUGUCUGCCUGCUGCUGCUCAUCGCCAACAUCCUACGCAUCUUCUUCUGGAUAGGGAAGCAGUUUGAACUGACUCUGCUCCUCCAGAGUGUGGUGAUGAUCAUUACCAUGCUAGCUAUGCUCCACCUCUGUUGCAACACUCGGGUCAGCACCAACCAGCACCACUUCACAGAUCUGGACCUGCGCUACUUCUGGAGCUGGAGUGCAUUUGAGGACUACCUGCUAUUCUGUUUUGCCUUCACGGUGCUGUGUGCCUUCCUCACCCUUCUCCUGCUGGACUCUGUGCUGUUCGUGGAGGGCCUGGGCUCCCUGGCCGUGCUGUUUGAGGCCAUGCUGGGGGUGCCACAGCUGCUGCAGAACUAUCACAACCACUCCACCCGUGGCAUGAGUGUGAAGAUGGUGCUGCUGUGGACUGCUGGAGACAUCUUCAAGACAACAUACUUUGUGAUGAACGACAGCCCGUCCCAGUUCUGGGUGUGUGGGGCAGUCCAGAUCCUUAUAGACAUGGCCAUCCUACUGCAGGUGCUCUAUUAUGACCAGGACAUCAGGGUCAAACUGGGAUGAACCCUAUGACCUUCUCAUCAUCCUCUAAUACACCAAUGCUCUUAAUCAAAGACUUAUACCUAACCUUGUGUGCCUUACCAUGUUUAAAAAUAGAUAUAUUAGAUGGAGAAUACCAGAGAGGUAUUGUGUAUGUUUUACUAUUUGAUGCCAGUCAUUUGUCUUCAUGGGUCAUUUGCUGUGCUAGUUACUGAAGGGCAGUAGAGCAGCCAUGCAGUGUGUGUCCAUCAGUCACUCUCUACCGGCUCUACAGGCAGCUUGAAUGAAUCGACGGGCUACUCUGUGACUGAUGACUCCUUCACUGUGUACCUCGUGUGUUUUUAAGAUGAAAUAUAGACAUACACUAUCGUUCAAACGUUUGGGGUCACUUAGAAAUGUCCUUGUUUUCGAAAGAAAAUUAAA